AUGGACGGAGCAAAGGGAAAGCUGCAGUACUGGAGACUCUACCUGCUGAGCAUCGUGCUGGGUAUCGGAGGGUCUUUUCAGUACGGCUUACAAGUGUCGGUCAUCGCCUCUCCUGAAGAGUAUGUCAGAAAUUUCAUCAACCGCACAUGGCUGCGGAGGAACGACAGGCCUGUGGACGAGGCCACCAGUCAGCUCCUCUGGUCCUUCAUCGUGGCGGUGUUGAGCCUGGGCGCCUGGGCUGGGGCCAUCCACAGCGGGAGCCUCCCAGUCAAGUACGGCCGUAAAAAAGCUCUCCUGGUCAACGACGUGGUGGCGCUUGUCGCUGCUGUGCUGAUGCUCUUCAGCCGCAUGGCCAAAUCGUUUGAGAUGAUUUUGAUCGCCAGAUUUCUCUACGGCUACAACGUCGGUCUGGGCCUCAGCGUCCACCUCAUGUACCUGGGCGAGAGCUCUCCCAAACAACUCAGGGGCUUCUUGACCCUCACCAGCUCCAUCUUCAUUGGUUUCGGCAAACUGGUGGGCCAAAUCAUCGGCAUCAAAGAAAUAUUGGGCACUGACGAGAUGUGGCCGUAUCUGCUGGCCAUCGGUGGUCUACCUGCCAUCCUGCAGUUUGUCACCCUGCUGUUCUUCCCUGAAGCCCCUCGGUAUCUUUACAUCGACAAGGGAGACACAGAGGGAUGCCAGCGAGCCCUGCAGUGGUUGUGGCAAGAGGAUGACCUGAAAAUAGAGCUGGACGACAUGAAGAAGGAGAGGGACAGCUCACAAGGGGAGAAAGCCAAGACAGUGAAAGAUGUUCUGACCUCUCGCUGCGUGAGGUGGCAGCUGCUGACUCUGGCCAUUCCCUGCGCAGGAGUCCAGUUCUGUGGCAUCAACGCUCUCUACUUUUAUGCAUUUGACAUCUUCCGCGAGUCGGGGGUCCCACAGGACCAGAUGCAUUACUAUGCCAUGGGCAUCGGUGGAACAGAGCUGGUCACAAUAACACUUUGUUCUUUCUUGAUCGACCGCGCUGGCAGGAAGAAGCUGAUGGGUUUCGGUUAUUUGCUCAUGGGCGUCACCAUGUGUGUGCUGACGGCCAUGUUGUCAAUAAAGGAUCAAUAUUCAUGGAUCCCAUAUAUGAACAUCGCCCUGAUAUUUUGCAUUAUCAGCAUAUAUGGACUCGGACCAUCCGGCGUGUCGAUGGCCCUGCCUGCGGAUCUGUUCCUGCAAGCCUGGCGUCCGUCUGCCUUCGUCAUCAGCGGAACCAUCAACUGGCUGGGCAUGUUCCUCGUGGGCAUGUGUUUUGGCUACGUAGUGGACGGACUGGGACAGUUCUGUUUCCUGAUUUUUGUGGUCUACUGCGUCUUCAGCGCUGCUUUCAUGCUGGGUUUUGUCCCCGAGACCAAAGGGAAGACCAUGGUAGAGAUCACAGAGGACUUCAGCAAACUCAAUUACAAGAGCAAAGAUGGUGAUGUUGAGAUUUCAACGAAGCUCUAA